AUAGGCACAGUUCUUUGGGGCAUCCGAGACUCACCACCGGGGUUCUCUAGCACUAGGCCUUUGGGCUGAAGACAGAGGUCAGAGGGGAGCCAUUUGAAAGGCCCAGUGGCCCUUUACCCCAACCCACAGCUGGCACGGAGCAGUUGGGCUGGAAGACAAUGGCAAGAUGGCCCAGAUAAGCCCAGGGUGGGGACAGCUCUCAAAGGAUUUUGCGCACUGCAACUCAGCCAUUCCCCCUAGAAGCUCCUGGCAGGCACCCCUCGCCCUCUUCCCUCCAUGUAACAGGGCUGAGGGCCACAACCCCAGCCGGCCGCCUGGCUCACUCGCUCUCCACUAGGCAUUGUGUCUUGUGUUGCCUGAAGGAAGAAGCCGUUGGCUCUGCCAUUGGCUAGAGUGGCGCUCGCUUCUUCCCCAAUUGGCUGGGGAGACCUGCCACAGCCUUUGCCAGGUGGGAGUACCUCCCACUGCAGGACAGGUGAAGAUUUUCUGAGGCAGAUUGGGAUUCUUAAGGCUACAGAGCACCUGGAUUCCUCAAGAUCAGGAACAGCAGGCAUGCCUCAGAACGCCUGAUUGCUGCCCUUCCAAAAACUUGUUUUUCUUCUCUGAUUUGGGUUUCGCAACUCAGCAAGGUGGGAGAGGGGCACGCAAACAGGAUGAGCGGUGGUGGGCUUGUCAUAAGCUCCCCAAUCUCCGAGGAAAGUGCAGCCUUUACGUCCUUGAAGCCCGUUGCGAUGGCAAGGGAAUCCAGUGAUGACAUGGCCGUCUUUGAAGACAUCAAACCACCCGUACGAAUCUCGGAGAAUCCACAGGAUUUGGCCCAGGCACGGACCGAGAUGGACAAGUACCUCUCUGGCCAAAUGCCCCCCACACCGACAGCACCAGACAAGAAGUAUCGCCGGGAAAGUGCCUCCGUGGUGGAUGAGUAUUUCUCCACUGAAAAGCCUCUGUCUGCACCCUACAGUGUCAACAUCAACGUGAUCCUUCCGGACACCACGCACUUGCGCACAGGGAUCUACCGGCCUGCUAAGCCCUCUGUGCCCUUUCCCCAAAUCAAAAUGGAGCCCAGCCCCUGCUUUGCCCUGCCCUGCCCUGCCAGCAGUGGGCCGACCCAGACUCUGCCAGACUUCACCAGUGUCUUCAGCGUGCCGCAGUCUGUGGCUACCAGCAGCAUCUUUGUCAAGCAAGAACUGCCCUGCCCCGAAAUCCCUCAUUCGAUCAGCCCCCAGCCGGGCCUGCUCUACCAGCUCCCCACGGAGAUGACCACCGUGGCCUCCUCCACCUGUGGCACCACGGCCACCAGCAGCAUCCAUGGAGUAGCCAUGUCUACCGGCAGCUCCAUGCUGGACUCCAGAGUCCUUGCCCGGCCCCUGCGGCCAGCAGGGCAGCUCAAAUCAUUCCCAGCGACCUCCCAAGGCCUCAGUGGCUUUAGUGUGCCAGAGGAGUUCUACCCCAUCCCAGCAGUGAGCCUGCCCCCUUCGCCCCCCAACUCACAGCCCGGCAGCCCCGAGAACCAGCCCGAGCCCAUCAACACCAUUUCACCUCCACCCCCCUAUGAGGUCACAUUUGGACUGAAGCUGCACCCCCCAGGCCACAUCACCUCUGAGCCCAGCACCAUCAAGACCAUCACACAGGGACACCUCAUCCUGCCAAGCCCCAAGUACAACCGGAGGAACAACCCAGAACUGGAGAAGAGAAGGAUCCACCACUGUGACUAUCCCGGGUGCACCAAGGUUUACACCAAGAGUUCACACCUGAAGGCGCACCAGAGGACUCACACUGGUGAGAAGCCCUACCGGUGCAGCUGGGAAGGCUGCGACUGGCGCUUUGCCCGCUCGGAUGAGCUCACCCGACACUACCGCAAGCACACCGGAGCCAAGCCCUUCAAGUGCCUGGCCUGUGGCCGCUGCUUCUCCCGCUCGGACCACCUGGCUCUGCACAUGAAGCGGCACCAGAACUAGGCCUGAGGCACAGCCUCCUUUCAGCAGAGCCGCCCUGUGGCCCUCCGUCCCGCCCCGGCUGCACGGAGGUCAAGGCCAGGCGUGGGGGCACCACCUCUGCCUUUGACACCUGGUGAUGCCCAGCAAGGAAGACUGAGCAGGCAAUAGGACAUCCCUAUUUAUUUCUGCCUCCAUAAAACUAGCCUGUUGAGUCCUGACCAUUGGAAGGUGUGGGACCUAUGGAGCAUCAGAAGGAUGUUGGCCGUUGAGCCACUCUCAGCUCUUGCAAGACACAUGGAAUAUCACUGGCCUUGGCUUGCUUGAAGGAUCAAAGCAGCACAAAUUAAAUUGUGGCUUAAAUUGCUGUUUCUGCAGCUGAGGGGGAAAAAAUCCCAAUGUUUUGCACCUACAGCUUCCUUAUCAACAGAAAGAAUUGGAAGUGAACUUCAUUAUUUUGCCAAAACCUCUUAAAUGUCCAUCCACACCCUUCUGGCCUGCUUUCGAGUUGAAUCGCUUCUUCCCACAUUGGGGAAGGUGAUCUCCUGGGGGGGGGGGCUCAUCCUCGCAACCUGCCCUGAGCAAAUGGCUGUCAAACGUUCCUCUUUUUCUUUUCUCCCUCCCUUUUGCUGCACCAGGUUCACAGACGUUUCAGGCAGCACUUUCACUCAGAGUGGGAAACAGCCAGGACAGCAGCAACAAAGUAGAGAACAAAUUAUCCCAGAAAUCUCUAGGGGAGGCGCCCCCCAUUGUGUCACUGGACCCCCCCACUCUCAAGGCCUUCACUUCUGGAAGCCGACAUCUUGGUGUGCCUGGACUCACUGUGGAGAAAGCCGAGGAAGCCAUCCGUUCCUCCUUUGCUCUGUCUUUGAUCCUGCUUAUAAGGGGCAUUAAAGGCUGGCCUGAUUCCAAGGUUGGCAUCUCCCUCUUGACCUCGAUUUUGCCCACCGGGGCACUUGGCCUUUCAUGGUCCCAUCCACACCCCGUCAGCCUUGGGGAACUCCAGCCAGGGGCCUCUUGCCAACUCUGGCACAGCCAAGAGCUUUUUUUGGCGGCAAGAGGCCCUGUGUGGCAGCUGGCACAUGCGUGGCCAGCUCAGUGCCAAAUCUUUUUCUGCAAGAGACUGCUGAAGCAGGGUAGCCCCGGUCUUGCUUGCACGUUUGAAUGCAUACCUUGAGCCUGGCAAGGUCCCCCGGAUUCACCGUCUGGCACCCAGCCCAGCUGCUUCUCUGGUGGCAUCAAGCAAAAUGCAGCAGAAGUCUUGUUUUCCAUUCCAGUCAGGAAUCCUUGCAGUUUACAGGGAACAGAGAAAGAGUGUUCCUUUUCACAGAAUAGGUAAAUAUGGAACAGGAUUGCCUCAAAAGGGCUUCAUUUGACUAGAUUGUGUCUCUCCACCUGGAUGUUUCCUUGGUUUCAGUGAAGUGAGCACAUGCUAAAUGUGUAGCUAAAAUCAAUGGGAUUUCAAAAGCUUUGUUUUGGAUCAUAACUGUGGCUGCUUGGUUAAUUGGUAGGCAUCCUGCAAAAUUGAGUCUUAGAAGAAAAUGGAUUUUUCAACUUUUUAACAAGUUCCAAGUUUGUGCAAACAUUUGCCUUAAUUCUUAGCACUUUUUUCAAUCACCUUCUCUAAAAGAGCCGCUGAACCUCAUUUCCUCUCCUUAAUCACACAGAACUUUUGAGGAUGCAGAUCAAACCUUUUUGAGGCAUAUUGAUUAGCCAUAUGUAAGUGGAAUUUGGGAGGCAUAUUGAACCAACAGGCUGGACGCUGCUUUGAAAACACCCCUUUUUGCUUUGCUACUCAAAUAUUUCUUCACAGCGCUUCCCGCACUGAGCGACUUCCAGUUCCCAAACAUGCAACCCCCCCCCCCAUCUGCGCUUUGGGUUCAGCUGACCAAGCAGGGCCUGGAUUAGCCUUGCUGCCCAACCCCUGCCGGCAAUCACACACCCACUUCCACCAGGCCAGCUGUCCAUGCUGGGGAACUCCCAGCAGCCCCCCCCCCCUACAGGCAAGAAGGGUCUUCAAGGGUGACCAGAGCUGCUUCUGGCCUGGCAGGAGGGCAGCGAGGAGCCGGGGCUGAGACGUCGGCAGGGGAGAGGAGGAAACAGCUGGCCCAGAAAAGGCUCCUAUGGCUUUGCUUACCAACCGCCCCCCACAGGUGGGGCAUCUAUGUAUAGGAAAGAUAGUUGUACAGAUUUUUGUAUAUGCAACCUAAAAGGAUGAUAUUGCUUUUUUUACAUAUGUAAAUUGAAUCUGAGCAUGUGAACUCUGGCAGAUGAAAAAGGGCUGUUGUCACCAUAACACACUUUUGCAAAACACCCUUUGGUGACGAUGGGGUAACCCUCAGGCUCCCAAACCCAGAUCCCCCUUCGGACCCACUUGCCCCAUACUCACGCCUCCUCUCCUCCUGCUGGGGAUUCCUUCUCCCAUGUUCCCUCCACACCUGGGCAGAUGAGCCUAAAAAUGACUUGCCGCCUCAACUUUUGUUUCAAGAAUAAAUAAAGAGAAAGCAUGAAGUGG